AUGAGUGACAUUGAGAAAACGGCCGCUCAGGUGACGCAGCCUCCACAGAUGGAGGCCGCGUCUCCCAGAGCAGGCAGGAUAACGGGCCUUAUCAAGGGCACCACUAUCAAUGACCUCAAUGUUCUGGGAAAGGACAUGUUGCAGAAGGCCCUGGAAUAUGACGAAGCGCAACUGGAACGGGAUGCCGUCAAGGUUCGGAAGAAGUUGGAUUUCUUGGUCCUUCCGAUGAUGAUGUGUACGUACAUGCUAAGCUUCCUCGACAAACAAACACUCAACUACUCCAAUGCCUACGGCCUUCAGGUAGACACAAAUAUGAAAGGGGAUGACUAUUCAUGGGUCGCUUCCGCCCUGUACUUUGGCUGGCUGAUAGGAGCGUACCCCUGGAACAUUGUGCUGCAACGGUACCCCAUCGGCAAAUUGCUGGGCUGGAUGCUGUUCGUCUGGGGAGCGGUCUGCAUGCUCCAAGCCGCCGUCUUCAAUUUUGCGGGAUUCUUCGCCAUCCGCUUUUUCCUCGGUAUGCUCGAAGCAUGCAUCAGCCCGGCAUUUGUCAUCCUCACCUCGAUGCUGUGGACGAGAGAGGAACAGGCCCUGAGGACUUCGUUCUGGCUUUCGACGAACGGUGUCUCUUCGAUUCUCGGUGCUUUGCUGGCUUACGGCUCGGGUCACGCCGACAACCUCGCCGUGCCGAACUGGAAGUUGAUUUUCCUGAUCGUGGGCGCGUUGACUUUCGCUUGGGGCUUUGUUAUCCUCCUCUACCUUCCCGACGGUCCCCACAACGCCAAGAUGCUCUCCGAGUACGAGCGCAUGGUCGCCGUGUGGAGAGUGUCGAAGAACCAGAUGGGCAUUAAGCACAAAGCGUUGAUCCCUUAUCAUAUCAAGGAGGCCUUCUUGGACGGCAAGACAUAUCUGCUCUUGCUGAUGGGCAUCUGCACCGGCAUCCUCAACGGCGGUGUCGCCAACUUCGCCUCGGCCCUCAUCAAGGGGUUCGGGUUCGAUGCGCUCCGGACGAGUCUUCUGCAAACCCCCGGAGGCGCCUUCGAGCUUAUCGGCUGCAUGGCUUUCGGCUGGAUCGCGACGAGGAAGAACAUGCUCGGUCUCACCGUCAUCAUCUCCUCGCUCCCGGGCAUCGCCGGCCUAAUCGGCCUACUCACAAUCAGCAUCAAACAUCGGUACGCCCUAGUCGCCAUGUGCUGGCUACAAAACGUGCUCGGCGCCCCUAUCAUCUUGGGCUGGACACUCCCCGGCGUCAACACCGCCGGGCACACGAAGCGCACGACCGUGAUCGGGCUCUUCUUCUGCUUCUACUGUGCCGGCAACAUCACGGGUCCGCACCUGUUCUUGGCCAAUGAAGCUCCGCGGUAUUUCACCGCGAUCAAGGGCCUCUUGGGCACGUACUGCGCCCUGAUCUUUUUCCAGGUCAUUUACACGGCAUGCUGUUGGUUCGAUAACAAGGCACGCGAUAAGAAAGGAUUACACGCGCAGAGGGAAGAGGAAGAACUGUUCGAGGGGUAUGAUGACUUGACGGAUAAGCAGAAUAAGCAUUUUAGGUACAAGGUCUAA